UCCUUCCUCAGACAUCCGCCCAAAAGGGAUCUCUUUUUCCUUUCCCCCCAUGGGCACCCCUAGUGAAGCCACAACCACAGGGUGGGAACCUAACACUACCAGAUAUCCUGAAACUAGUCCAUUCAACUCCUUCCACAAAAGGAUCUCUUCUUCAAGGGAAGGCAUCAGCCCAACAUUUACUAUUUUCAUCUGACUCAGUCUCUAUCAACAAAGUUCCCAUUUCCAUGGUAACAUGGAAUCAAUAUACAGUUGAAACUGACAUCACAAUAAAGGCCCCUAUAAAAGGAAUUAACUGAGCUCAGUUGGGUUACCUUGGACUAAGGUCCCCAUCAACCCUUACCUCUAUUCAUUUUCUCCCCUGAACGAUGGGUGCAAAUUGUACGCACCAUUAUAGGAAACAGAGAAAAACAGAUUUAAACAGAAGACUGGCUUCUGGAAGAAAAAAAUUUGACACCUCUUUGCCUGAUGGUACCGUUGCCCCAUCAGAUGACUCCUCGGUGUCCACUAUAACUGCCAACAAUACUUCAGGCUAUAAACACCAAAUCAGCUUCCCUUGCUUCAGAAACAUAUCAUGGAGCUCUUACUACAAGAACUUCACACUCAGCUUCACUAUUACCAACAUGUUUUACACAACAAAGAUGAAUCAAAAGGACUCCAGAACAUUCAAGGCUGCUGAGCAUAUCCUGCAAAUCUUGCUCAAGGUAUUGUUUGGAAGCAGCAGGAUUGGCUCUCAGUAUUCUGGAUGCAGUGACCUUUCACUGAGGUCUCUGAGGAACAGGAUAGCAACCGGAGUGGAUAUAGUCUGCAGUUUCAAGAAGGACUCCUCCAACCAUGUCCUGGACAAAAAGGUGGUUUACUGGGAGCUGACUGAACAGCUCUGUACAAGAAAGCUAAAACACCUGGUUAUAGACAAUGAUAGCCUCAUUGUGAAUGGGUAUCAACAUAAGCUCCCAGGAAUCAGAUCCACAAAGAGUUCAAUUAAAUCUAAAACCCAUAAAGACAUGAAACAGGAAUUGGAGAGGGCAGGAGAGACACAUUCUCAGGUGUCAGGAAGUGAGGCUGGUGUAGGAGCUGUCACCCAUAUCGCCGACCAUGGAGAACCAGGAAAAAUCAUGACAUCACUGACUAGUGGCCUCCUGAUCCGGGAAUCCACUGUAUAUGCUAUAGCGAGUGAGAUUGGUGUAGGGCCCUUCACCCAUAUCCGAGACCACGGAUCAGCAAGAGACAUGACAUCAGUGACCAGUGAAUCUACUGCAGGUGCCAUGGGUAAGAAAAUAUUUCUUUUCUUUCUAUUAUACUGGUAUUCAUCCUUGCUCUGGGCCCUUGUUUUCCAGCUUUCAAAUAUGAUAUGGACUCAUCUUCAUCGUCCGAGAACAGGAAAGUUUGUGAUUAGGUGGUAAGACCUGGCAACUUCCUCUGUCCCAUUAUUGUCUGCCCAGAUGUCAGCCUUUGGAUGAAGAGCUCAUGGAGGAUUUUGUCCAUUUCUUGUGUUAGUUUGUGUGUAUACAUAUAAUUUACUAUGAUAAAAGUCAGCUACUGGAGGACAGGCUUUUCUAUGCCCAGCACCUAAAACCCUGAAUGGAGUAGCUGAUUCUUAACAAAUGAUUACUGCUUCAUUUUCCAUUUAACCUGAGCAGGUAUCCGUCAGGCAGUUUGUCUGAG